AUGGCCGGGGCGGACUGCGCUCCAAAUUCCGUGGAAUACUGGGAUGAUUUCUACGACGAUCGGAGGAGUGCCUACGAUACGUUAUACGGCUAUGAGGAUCUGCGAACGCUGCUGCUGUCCCUGAUGCCCCUCGAUUCUCGGCGCGGACAGUCUAAGGUGCUACACGCAGGCUGCGGAACGAGCAACGUCACCGAUGGCUUGUGGCGCGAUGGCUUCAGAAGCAUCCUCAACAUCGAUUUCAGUGAUGUCGUCGUGAAGCUCAUGGCAGACCGUUGGUCGGAUCGUGCAGCGUUGAGCACGGAGGGGGAUGCAAUGCUCACAGGUGUACAGUGGCAGCAGAUGGAUCUCACGGACUUGUCUCAGUUGGCAUCUGCUCACUUCGACAUGGUACUGGAAAAGUUUACGUUUGAUGCCAUCCUUUGCCAGGCGAAGGACGAUAUGCUAGACCCCCGUGGGGCGGCGGCGCUGCGAGAAUUGCACCGGGUUCUGAAACUGGACGGCGUGCUGGUGUCCGUGGCCUGGGGAGCGGAGAGGCGCAAGGCUUUGCUUCGAAGUGGCGGGCUGUUUGACGUGGAGGUGCACCUCUUGCCUGGGCAGGCUUCUCAGAGACCAUAUGUCUAUUUCUGCAGGAAGCGACUGCCACUGCCCGGUAGCUCUGUGGCCUCGCAAAGCUGCGAGAUCCGUGGCUGCAAAGGAAACACCCGGCACGGGAUUCCAAGGUCUGAUCGCUUGCAUCGGAUAUUGUGGAUGACUUCUACACCUUCCUCGGGUCUGUAUGUAGCACUGGCUCACUACUGCGGUUGCCUUUGUCAAGGCAGCAAGACUGAUUGCUCAGCUUCAUCUGCCUUGAUUUCAAUUUUUGAUGAAGCUGAAGCAGAAUAUAGCAGAAUGCAAUCAUCCGAGCGAAGCAAGUGUCUGCGCAGCACAGACAGUAAUUAUGCUCAAGCCAGGCACCAGCGAGCACAGGAGGCAAAGGAGCCGCAAGUCCAGAUUCGGACCGACGGAAGCUUGGAAGUUGUUAUUCAGUUGGACGGUCACGCUGCCACGGACUUGACCCUGGACCUCAGUGAGUCAGAGCUUCGCUGGUCACUGGAAGGCCUCACAAGGAGCCUCCCAUUGCCCUUUGCCAUCGAUGCGAGCAGCGCGACAGCAAGGCGGUUCAAGAACAAG